AAAGAGGGGCCUUGUUGAGAACCCUCAGCCAGAGAGCUCUUAGGCCUCACUGAACUACAAGCCCCGAAAUGCACCAGUCCAGGAGGCAGCCAGAGCAGUUAAAAGAGGAAGAGCAGCACUGGAAGGGUGUCGUGCGGUAAUCUCCUGGGCCUCGGCCUCCCUUCCAGGGCGCCAUGAGGAGGCGGCCGGGGAGCGGUCUAGUGGGGCCCCGCAGCCGCCAGGAGACGCUGGCCCUGAGGCAGGAGCUGGUCGGAUGUGGCCCACCAGAUGUUGUUGAACUGCUGCUCCCAGCAUGACCAAUGAUCCUCCUGCAAGCUUUUUUUCCCAGAUGACCCGGUGAAGAUUGUACGGGCAAAGAACCAAUAUAUGUAUGAUGAAGAUGGAAACGAGUACCUUGACUGUAUCAACAAUGUUGCUCAUGUGGGACACUGCCAUCCAGAGGUGGUCAGAGCAGCACAUCAACAAAAUCUGAUGCUAAAUACAAACUCUCGAUAUCUUCAUGAUAACAUAGUGGAUUAUGCACAAAAACUUUCUAUGACAUUGCCUGAAAAGCUCUGCAUUUUCUAUUUUUUGAAUUCAGGAUCAGAAGCCAACGAUCUUGCUCUGAGGUUAGCACGGCAGUACACAAAGCAUGAAGACAUUAUUGUUGUUGAACAUGCUUAUCAUGGACAUUUGACAUCUUUGAUUGACAUAAGUCCAUAUAAAUUCAGAAACCUGGGAGGCCAAAAGGAAUGGGUCCAUGUGGCUCCUCUUCCUGACACAUACCGAGGAUUAUAUAGAGAAGACCAUAAAGAUCCAGCCUUGGCAUAUGCUAACGAAGUGAAAAAAAUAAUUGAACAAGCACAUGAAAAUGGCAGAAAGUUUGCUGCAUUUUUUAUGGAAUCUUUACCAAGUGUUGCUGGACAAAUCAUCCCACCUGUUGGUUACUUCCAGAAAGCUGCAGAGCACAUACACAAGGCAGGUGGUGUAUUCAUUGCUGAUGAAAUUCAAGUUGGCUUUGGCAGGGUGGGGAAAAGUUUUUGGGCAUUUCAGCUUCAAGGAGAGGAUUUUACUCCUGAUAUAGUUACUAUGGGAAAACCAAUUGGUAAUGGACAUCCUGUUGCUUGUGUAGCAACAACGAAAGAAAUUGCAGAGGCUUUUUCAGCAACAGGAGUAGAAUAUUUUAACACAUUUGGGGGAAAUCCUGUGUCCUGUGCAAUAGGAAUAACAGUCUUGGAAGUUAUUGAGAAUGAAGAGCUUCAGGCCCAUGCUCUUCAAGUGGGCAGCUGCCUCAUGGAACUACUCUAUCAACUAAAAGCAAAACAUCCUCUCAUUGGUGAUGUCAGAGGUGUUGGCUUAUUUAUUGGAGUAGAUUUGGUACAAGACCAAAACAAAAGAUCACCUGCUACUACAGAAGCAGAGUUCAUCAUAACAAGAUUGAAGGAAGAAUUCAUUAUGCUGAGUACAGAUGGUCCUGGCAGAAAUGUACUGAAAUUCAAACCACCACUUUGUUUCAAUACAAAAGAUGCAAAGCUAGUUGUCGAUAAACUUGAUCAGAUAUUAACAGAAUUAGAGAAAGGAGACGCCUAGAGAACAUCAUUUCCAGUACUCAAAAGGAUAAAUUUUCAGGUCACAAAUGAGGCGCUGAAUUGUAAUCUAUUUCUUUAAUACUUAAUUUUAAAAUGUAAUAGCCUGCAACUAUUCAGUCUAUUUUUAUUGUAAUACAGAUGGUAUAGAAGUAUGCAGCUCUGCUCUACACUUCUUCUCUGCAAUGCUUCAUAGAAUGUGGAAAAAAGCAAACAAUAUCCAGAAAAUAUAAGUUGUCACAUUUGUAUUUUCCUGUUACAUCACUCCUAAUUUCUCCUUGUAUUACAUUAUUGCCACCCUUCAGUCUUACAUGCAUGUUUUCUUCUAUUCUAAAAGUAAUUUAACAAUGAGAUAAAAAUCUAUUUAACAUCUAAAUAUCAGCAUGUGAAAUAUACAGCAACUUGUGGAAUCUUCUAUGUUGUAAAGCACAGCAUCUCUGAUUAGUUUUGUUUGCCAAAAAGAAAAUGAAAUUCCCACUACCAGUGAUGGUAGUUGAUAGAUCAAAUUCAUUUGUCAAUAAAAGUCCCAGCUUUCCCA